CGGAAGUGUCCCCCCUUGGGACGGCGAGCGGUAGGACGCUGCGGUCCCUUCAACGGUUCUUCGAGCUCAGGAGGAGCGGCCAAGGCAUGUUCGCCCGGGUGGCCUCGAGCCUGCUUCGCAGCGGCGCAGGGGCAGCUUCGCUGAGUCCUAAAUUAAUCUGGAAUGUUCAAUGUCGAACAAGCCACUGGCAGUCUUCACUUCUUGGACUGAGAGCAUCUAUACCUAUGAGAGCAGAACCGAAGAAGAAAAAGAAGGUGGACCCCAAGAGAGACCUAAUUAUAAAGGAGCGACUGAAGAAGAAGAUUAAAAAAUUGGAAAAAGCUCCUCAGGAAUUGAUUCCCAUUGAAGAUUUUAUGACACCAUUCAAAUUCUUAGAUGAAAAACGGGUACGAGCCUCCUCACCAUUGUCUUUUGAGGAAAGUGAGAGGAGAGCUUUGCUUAAGAAGACGUGGUCUGUAUACAAGCUAAAGCAGAACAGGGCAGAAAUGAGGGCAAUCAAGUCCCUCAUGGAUGCUCAGGAAGCAGCACUAAAAGAACUGCGGCAUGAAUCGGAGGAACUAUACCAAGCAGCAAUUCAGCGAGACAACAGUUUGUUCCCUUUUGAGAGGCAGGAGCCUACAGUCACACCACCACUGCCUGGUUAUGAGGCUCCUGACGGGAAGUGUAUCGAUGUCACAAAAACAUAUACCCAGUGAUCUGAGAGACUGCUGGGAGAUGUUGCAUCCAUUAAAGCAUUCUUGUUUUACAAAUCGUUGAAACAUACAGGAAAGAUUCCAAGAGCAGACCAAUCUGGAGGUGGUGAUUUCUUUAGAAUGUAAUAGAUUCUAGAAACCUGCUGUCCUAUUUGGACAAAGAACGUGGUAUAAGCAGAUUUUCUAAUUCAUAUGCCUAUGUGGGAUACUAUCGUUUUGUAGGGAGUUUGUAGUUUUCUACAGAACUAAUGAAUCACUGCAAGAACUUGUCCUCCCUGACUGGCAGGACAGGAAUUUUAGAAAAAAAUAAAACAUGCAGGAUAAAAUCAGUAAAUUUGGGGACAGUGAGAACAGAUUUUUGGGGAGACUGGGUAAUUAUCUUUGAGUGCAUUUACUAUAUCGCAUCCACCCAUCUUUAAACUAAAAUUCUUUGUCUCUGUUAGCUGUAAUCUGGAUUUUUUGAAGACUGCACCUAAGCCGUUAUUUUUAACCUGGAAAGAAUGGUUUCUAAGAACAUGGCUGUUCAAUUUGAAGUGUCAAAUUAAUGCAUUUUUCUGCAUGUAGGGACAGAUACAAUAAAAUGCAUAUUGAUCA